AUGGAUGCCAAGUUCAAUGUUACUGAUAUUUAUGCGCCUGGACCAAGUAGAGUGGUUGUCUCAGCUGAAGAAGAUGACGACUUUUUGAAAUGCAGAAGAAAAAAUCCUGCAAAACCAUUGUCAUCUACUAAUUCAUCAUCAUCGAAUGAACUUGAUGAAAACAAUAUGAAUUCGUGUAUGAGAAAAGUUAUUGCAGACUCAAUGAUGCACCAUAAACUUUCUCACACGUCUAAGACAUUUAAGUGUUCACAGUGUGAAAAAGAAUUUAUACAUCUUAGUUCUUUACAACACCACACAGAAUAUAAACAUUCUGAUCCAAAAUUAUUUAAAUGCAAGGUUUGUAAUAAAAACUUUGUAACAAAGAAAAAUUUGAAGUACCAUGUAAAUAAACAUGCCAAGAAAGAACAGUUUAAGUGCGAGCAUUGCGAGUCAACAUUUUAUAAUCCAUGGACAAAAAGCAGGCACAAACAAAAAGAGCAUAAAAAUCAAUGA